AGGGAGAGCCACUGAUGAGGAGUCCUGGAAGACACUUGAUCAGCUGACUUGGGUGCAGGAUGUCCUCAUCACAUUCAGCCUCAAACAAAUUACUACCUCAUAUAUCUUGACUCAUCACCAUCCUCUGCUGUGUCUUUAGUUGAAAUGUGUGCAAAAGACAACUUAUUAUUUCAGGUGUGACUUGAUGUAACACUGAGUGAUCAUUUUGGGAAGUAUAGCUACAACUUAAGGCAAAGAUAAUGUGGCUUUCACAUUAGUCAUAAUAAUGAUUGAUAUUGUGGUGAAGAGAACAGAGAGGAACAUGAAUAUUAGAAAAUUGCACAUGGUGUUUUAGAGGUGAUGGGUUGGUAUGAAGUUGUUUAGUGUUACACUGUGGUUAUUGAUGGAAGACUGUGGAUAAUAGAUAUUUUUUGAUGUGAGAUACAAGUUCAGCAUCGUUCUUUUUUUUUUAAUGUGAACAAAACACAAACUCUGAAUCAGUGUAUAAUAAUCUGAAAGAACACAAGUGUUUGAAAGGAAAGAAAGAAUUCUAAUCUUCAAGAUGGGUCAGCUAACUCACGCGCAGUUACGGAGACUGGACGAGCACAAGUAUUCUUGUACUUCAAGUUCUCUGAUGGAUCCCAUGAUGCAGAAGUGGUGGUGCUGGCUGGUGGACCAGUGUUCCAGGACACUGGCUCCGAAUCUCAUCACCAUCACUGGCCUGCUCAUCAACAUUGUCACUUCAUUACUAUUAGUUUACUACAGCCCAGAUGCCAAGCAGGAGGUGCCUCGAUGGGCAUGCUUCCUUUGUGCCCUUGGGCUGUUCACCUACCAAAGUCUUGAUGCCAUUGAUGGUAAGCAGGCACGGCGCACUGGCACAUCUUCACCUCUUGGAGAACUGUUUGAUCAUGGCUGUGAUUCUCUCUCUACAGUAUUUGUGUCCAUUGGUGUGUGCUGUUCUGUUCGACUAGGAACUCAUCCAUACUGGAUGUUCUUCCAAUGUAUGAUGGCUGUCACCCUCUUUUAUUGUGCCCACUGGCAAACUUAUGUGUCUGGUACACUGCGAUUUGGUUUCAUAGAUGUGACUGAAGCACAGUUUGGUGUGAUGGCCAUUCACAUAAUCUCUGUUAUUUUUGGGUCAAGUUUUUGGUCUUUAAAGAUUCCAGGAACAGAACUUCCUUUUAUCUCAGGGUAUAUAAUAAUUGGUGUGCUUCAAGUGGUAAUCCAAGUAUGGAAAUAUAUUCCCAUCAUUCUAUGGGGUGGGGCAGGGAGAAAUGGCUCCACUAUUGCUCUUCCAUACUUUGACAUUACGCUGCAGUACGUCAUAGUGUACUCCAUACUGGGGUUCCAACUUUUCUUGGGGUACUCAUACAUGCAUACAAUUCCAUAUUCUGGAGCUGGAAAAAAUGGUUCAACUGUGGCAGGUACAAGUGUGUUAUCACCAGUUGUACCGCUGAUUUUUAUCCUGGCUCCUGCAAUUCUGAUAGCCUGGAAAAGCCCAGAUGGACUCUAUCUACAAAACCCAACUAUAUAUCUCCUUACUUUUGGCUGUGUAUCUGCACGUAUUACCAAUAGACUAGUUGUUGCUCAUAUGACAAAAAGUGAAAUGGCAUACAGCGAUGCUUCACUGCUGGGCCCUGGGUCCCUCUUCCUCAACCAGUACUUUAAUUGUCCAAUUCCAGAACAAAUUCUACUAUAUAUUGUUUGUGUAUAUGUCAUUUAUGACCUCAUCAAGUAUUGCCGGGAAGUUUGUUUGGAAAUCUGUAAUCACUUAAAUAUAAUGUUGUUUACUAUUGUUCCCAAGUGUCCAACAGGAACAAAAGCAUCAGUUGAGAAAAAUGGCAGCUCUUCAAAGUAUAUGACACGCAGCAAGAGUAAGGUGAAAAACAAUUAAAACAAUAUAAUAGUAAAUAUACAAGUAAAUCUAUAAGUAGUUUAAGACUAUAGGAACUGUUAUACUGUAUAGGACAAUUAUUGUUUGUAUUUUUAUCAUAUGUUUUAUGUUGGUUAGUGUUCUGUUUAUGUCCUCCAACCUUUUGAAUGUUGUUAUCAUGUGUAGAAGUAGGUGUUUGUGUACCAUGAACUAACAUGGACACCAUGUAUUUGGGGCACUCUUAAGUUAUUAUUAUCCAACCAGACAACAAAAUCUUUAUAGACUUGUUAUGGUAAUUCACUUUCAGUAACAUCGAGAGAAAAAUGUUGUUUUAGCACUAUUUGAUAUGCCAUUUGAUUUUUUAAGCAGCACUGGUGACUGAAUAUAAGUAAUCAUUCCUCAUUAUAUGACUUGUUUCUGUCAAAACAAAUUUGUUUGUAGGUGACCUUGUAUUAUAAAGGAUAUUGUUUUUGAAGUUUGUGUAAAAUCUUUCCCUGUUUUGUUUAUCAUAUAGAAGUAAUUUCUUUAGAAUUUCUAUGAAGGAGUAUUAAUCAAGAACUAAGGGUAUUUUGCAAUUUUUUUAUUUUUUAUUUUUUUUGAGGACAUUGCAGGGUAUGGAAUUUUGGAUGCUAGGUGGUCAUAGACUAUUUAUCAGAUUGAAACUUUGUUAAAUGACUCUUUAUAUUUGUAUAUCCUUAAUACUAUUUCCCACUGACAAAAUAACAAACUUGCAACGUAUUUCAAAAUACGAUGUGCUAUGCAAAGCUGUGCUAUGUCCAUUUCACCUUUUUACUGAAGCAAAAUAUUUUCAUGAUUUGUGGAGGAAUGCACUUUUGCCUAUAUUGUAUUGAAUAUCUCACUUUACUGUACCAGGGUGUGUACAGGUGUGGUGGCUUGGGAGUUGUUAAUUUUGGCAAGUAACUUUCCUGUGACCUGAUCUCUUGAACAGAAUUUACACCAUUGCUAACCUUCAUAACAUAAUGUAUGGUUGAUGUAAACAUGAGUCGAGAAAAUAAAUUUACCACCUUUUUCUGUGCCUUUAGGGUUAUUCUUUGUGGGUUGAUGGAGGAGAAUGUAAAACUGUGGUGGAAGCAAAGAUGGAAUUACCUCUCAUUUUUCUCCACCUUAUUCUUAGGGUAUGUAUAUUUAGGAAAACUCAUGGAUAAUACAUAGAUUAUUCUGAAAACAAAUUAUGAGGCAAAACUA